CGUUGUUGACGCUGCUCCAUUCAUUUCUGUCUCUCUGGUCUGUCUGAUCUGAGAGAGGCAGACGGAGCUCUAGCGGUCAAACUCUCCACCAACUCUGCAUCCUCCUCCGUCCUCUUGAGAGUCAGACACUGGAGCAGUCGCUGCUCCGCCGUCGCGUGUUUUUCCUGGUUUGGUGUUUUUUUUUGCAGCCUGUGUGUGUGUGUGAGUGUGUGUGUUGUAAGUUAGUUAGUUGUGAGCAUGCAAGGCAACGACCACCGAAACAAGGAGUCGAGGAGAACAUGGACAAACCGGCAACUUAUAUUCUACAAAUGCACUUUAUAUUUAUUCAUCUUUAGUCUGGAACUGAAGAGGAGCGCUACUGCGCCGCUGGACUCUGACGAGUUUGCUUUCUACCAUGAGGGCGCACAGGGGUGCCUGGGGGUGCGGGAUCACUCCCUCGUCUUGUCGACCUCCUGUGAUGGAGACAGCCAGCGCUGGAAGUGGGUGACCCGGGGUCGCCUGUUCAACCUGGGCUCCUCGCUGUGCCUGGGCGUGACCACUGGCAACGUCACCACCAGAGGGGACAGGUCUCCUCUGGGCGUGUACACCUGCAACCGCGAGCCCUUCAAAAUACGCUGGACCUGGAACUGUGGCCACGUGUUGGAAAGCCUCAACAAUUACCUUCCCUCGCCCUCGUUUUGGAACUCCUCCACGACCCCCGCUCCUUCAAAGCUCAAAUGGACGCUGCAUGGUAGCGUGCAGGACCUGUGCUCUAAAACAUAUCGUGAGAUCUACACGAUCCAGGGGAACUCUCACGGCCGCCCCUGCUAUCUGCCCUUCCUGUAUGACGGCCAGUGGUUCCACAACUGCACCAGCAUCGGCCGUGAGGACGGUCACUUCUGGUGUGCCACCACCUACGACUACGGCAAAGACGAGCGUUGGGGCUUCUGUCCCGUAAAGAACAGCGGCUGUGAGACCUUCUGGGAUACCGACCCGCUGACAGCCAGCUGUUACCAGUUUAACUUCCAGGCUACGCUGUCAUGGAGCGAGGCUCGGAUCAGUUGUCAGCAGCAGGGAGCGGACUUGCUAAGCAUCACCAAGCUGCACGAGCAGACGUACAUCAAUGGUUUACUGACGGGCUACAGUGCUGCUUUGUGGAUUGGCCUCAAUGACCUGGACAUCAAUGGAGGCUGGCAAUGGGCCGACUCCUCACCACUGAAAUAUCUCAACUGGGAGUCAGAACAGCCGAACCACGCUGAGGAGGAGAACUGCGCCGUGAUAAGAACUGAGUCAUCGGGUCGUUGGCAGAACCGCGACUGUACUGUUGCUCUGCCGUACGUCUGUAAGAAGAGGCCCAACGCCACCCUGGACCCGUUCACUACUGACUCGUGGGCAGAUGAUGAGAAAUAUGAGUGUGAUGUGGGCUGGCAGGCCUUCCAGGCCGGCUGCUACAAGCUGACCUCAGAGAAGAUCGACUGGGAUACGGCUCAGAAAACCUGUCAGAGGAUGGAGGCCAACCUGGUCAGCAUCCACACCCUGCCUGAGCUAGAGUUCAUCAUACGCAACCUCAAGAAAGAGAUUGACCAGCUAUGGAUCGGGCUCCAUGACACUGAUAUGCAAAUGGACUUCCAGUGGACGGACCACACGCCCGUCAUCUUCACCUACUGGCACCCGUUUGAACCCAACAACUUCCGCAACACUCAAGAGGAUUGCGUCUCCAUCUGGGGAGCUGAGGGCCGCUGGGAUGACAGCCCCUGUAAUCUGACUCUGGCCUCCAUCUGUAAGAAACCGGGAACAAAGAGUGACGGGAAGCCACAGCACCAAGACUGCAAACAAGGAUGGAAGUGGCACAGUCCAGCUUGUUACUGGGUGGGAGAAGAUCUGUUUACCUUUGAUGAGGCCAGGAAGUCCUGUGAGGAUCAAGGAGCCGCUCUGGUAACCAUCACCAACAGGUUCGAGCAGGCCUUCGCCAACAGCCUGGUGUUCGGUCGCUCAGGUGACUCCUUCUGGAUCGGCCUCCAUGACCAGGGCAGCCCCGGCUCUUUCCACUGGCUCAGCGGGGAUGAAGUGUCCUACACCAACUGGAACCGCGACCAGCCAGUCAGCGUCCACGGCGGCUGCGUCACCAUGGCGACGGGCUUUGCAACAGGUCUGUGGGAGGUGAGGGAGUGUGCGUCAUCCAAGGCGAAAUUCAUCUGCCGUCAGAACCAGGACACGUCUCUGAGCCCCGAGCCCCCCGUCCCUCAGCCCACCCCGAGCCUCAGCGGCUCGUGUCCCAACGGCUGGAAGAGCAACAGCAACCUGCGCUACUGUUACAAGGUUAUGCAUUCCUCCCAGCUGGAGAAGAAGCUCAGCUGGCUGCAGGCUCACCUGUCCUGCCGGAGACACGGAGCCAACCUGCUGAGUAUCAGCAGCCCUGAGGAGGAGCACUUUGUUCUGCAGGUCCUCCAUGAGGCCUUUGGGGAGUCAGAGGACCAUGAGCAGCACUGGUUUUGGAUUGGACUGAACCGCAGGAACCCGAUGGACAACGGCAGCUGGAAGUGGAGCGACGGACUGGCUUUCACGUACCAGAACUUUGGCCGCUACUACUACAACGUCCGGCAGUGUGCUGCAGCAGACCUGGGCACUAUGACCUGGCUGGCCAUGCACUGUGACUCUGAGUUAGACUGGAUCUGCAAGAUCCCCAGAGGUAGUGUCGAGAAGGAACCAGACGUCUCUGAAGGCACCACUUCCCCGGAGUGGAUCGGCUUCCAGGAGGCUGAGUAUAAAUUCUUUGACCACCGCACCACUUGGGACCAGGCCCAGAGGAUUUGCUCCUGGUUCGACUCCUCGCUGGCGUCCGUCCACUCAGCUGAGGAGGAAGCUUUCCUAGCCAACACUUUAAGCAAGAUGCUGAAGGUGGAGGGCGACAACUGGUGGCUGGGGCUUCACACCUACGAGAACGACGGACGCUUCCGCUGGUCCGACCACUCUGUGCUCAAUUAUGUGUCCUGGGCCCUCGGGAGGCCGCACCCAGUCAGCCGUGAUCGCAGAUGUGUCCACUUGUCCGCCACCAAAGCGGAGUGGUCUGAUCAGAAGUGUCACUCUGACCUGCCCUACAUCUGUAAGAGAGUGAAUGUCACAGGCACCAUUCCUCCAACUCCGUCAUCCCCCCACCCACCUUCAGGCUGCCCUGACGGAUGGUCCUCCUAUCAACAUAAGUGUUUCAGAGUAUUUGAUCAGCCGUCCCGAGUCACAUGGUCUGCAGCCAAGUUGAAAUGUGAAACGCAGGGAGGAGUCCUGGCAGUGGUGUCCAAUCACUUGGAGCAAGCCUUCGUCACCACCCUGCUUCCCAAUGCCAGUGUUGACCUCUGGGUGGGUCUGACCUCAGACUCUAAAGGUCAUUUCCAGUGGGCCAAGGCCGGCCUGCUCAGCUACACCAACUGGGCUCCCGGAGAGCCACUCGACAACAGCGGACCGCACCACGACAAGAGCCCGGGGAACUGUGUGGUGAUGAUUCACGGGAACCCGCAGAAGAACAUCGGCAUGUGGGCCUCCCGGGCCUGUGAGAUGGAAAAUAAUGGCUUUAUCUGUCAAAGGCAACAAGACUCAGGUCUCCCUCCGGCCCCGGCUCUGAUCCCUGCCUCCCUGUCCAAGCCCGUGGAGCUGGGUGGAGUGACGUACCGGGUUGUGGAGAAGCGUCUGGACUGGACCGGCGCCCUGCACCUCUGUGCAUCUUUGAACGGGACCUUGGCCAUGGUGAAGGAUCCCUACCAGCAGGCUUACCUCACACUGCUGAUCAACAGCCUGCGACGGCCCGCCUGGAUCGGUAUCUACAAUUAUGGAGGACGGAGCUUCACCUGGCUGGGUGAGGAAGAAGUGUCGUAUUCAAACUGGAAAGAUGGGGAGCCCCAUCAGUCGGCUGGAUGCGGUCACAUGACCACUACUGGGCAGUGGACUAUCACUCCCUGUGAUGCCAAACUGGAGGCUGCUAUCUGUCAAAUUAGUGAUGAGCCUGUGCUUCACGAGUGGAUCUACCCCGGCCAGUGUCCUCACUCUCUGGGCGAGUGGGCGUGGGUGCCUUUCAGAAACCACUGUUACGCCUUCAACCUGCAAACUCUCAGACUGCAGCAGGACGCACGAACAACAUGUAAAAAAGUGGGAGCUGAACUUCUGUCCAUCCUGGACGAGACGGAGAACGGAUUUGUGUGGGAACACAUCCAGAGCUAUGCAGAGCAGGCGCAUGGAGCUUGGCUGGGCAUCAGCGUGAAAGGUAGAGGCCUGGUGUGGAGCGAGGACAUGGAGAUGUCGUACACCAACUGGGAGGCGCACGACGUCGCCUUUUCCGUUCUGUCUCCCAACUCCUGCUUCUGGAUCCAGAGCAACAGCGGCCUGUGGAAGCCGGGGUCCUGCAGAAACCGCACACAUGGAGUCAUCUGCAAACAGCCUCGCACUACAGAAACUUCAGCUCUGACAUCGGACAGCGACCACCUGCCCACUAUUAUUGUCGUCAUGGUGACGGGCCUGGUGCUGAUGGUGCUGAUCGUCGGCGUGAUCUACUUGUACCGUCGGCGAGCUGUCGGGUCCCGGGGGUCCUACGAAGGGGCCCGCUACAGCCGCACCAACUCCAACCAGGCGGAGCAGGUGGAGAAGAACAUCCUGGUGUCUGACAUGGAGCUGAACGAGCAGGCGGAAUAGCAGAGACCGCCUCGGAUCGGACCAAACCUGGCCCAGAGAGGGGCUGAUUUCAACUUGCUGAUGUCAGAUUGUGGCAUUUAUGUUUUUGUUGUCUCUUUUGAAACCAAAAAAAAGAUUUUUUAAAGUGCUGAAGAGCUGUGUAGAGCGCAGCAGAUUAGAUUUAAAUUGAAUUCCCAGCCUCUCAAUCCUCAAUCCUCUUCCGACGAGACUUAACAGUUCUAGCAAUUUCUGUCCAGACAAAUCCAUAUGUACAGCUUUCUCCCAGAAGCGUUCAUGAAGGCCAUAAAUGGAUCUACUGGGAGUUUAGUUUUAUCGCAGCAGCUGGAAAAGUUUGACACAAAUCGGUUUUAUGAAAUGACUCCUCGCUGGCGUCCCUGGUGCCAAUGUAAAUUUUUGCUUGGUGUAUAUUUCCUUUUUUGUCCCCAUUUUGAUUUUAAAGACUUACAAAGCAAAAGAAAAACAUCCAUCUAUCACAGCCACAGAUCGACUCAUAACUAAAAAACAUUUGUCUCCUCUAAACAGCCACAGUCUUCUUCAGGACUCACUUUUUUUCAUUUUUCUGUUUUGCCAUGACAGUAUUUACCUGAACUUGAGGUGUGUUUUUUUGUUGUUUUAUUGCAGUCAUGUCCUUCCCAUUGACUUGACAUUACCCGUGCAGCUGUAGAGAACUGUUACUGAUGAUGCGUGCGUGGUUUUUUGUGAGUCUCCCUCUCUCUCCUCCUCGCUGAUCUGACACGUCAGCAGCAGCAGCAGCAGCAGCAGCAGCUGUCAGGAGAGCCGAGGAGGAAGAAGUCCAAAUGUGAAUGUGUGGAGGGCGACAGGGACCAUUGUCUGAGGGCAGUACACUAGAGUUGUGCACAUUAAUACUAAGUUCUUAGUAUUGAAAGCUGGUCUUUACUUUGGCUUUUUGGUACUGCAGGACUGAAGUUUCGGCUCCUUGUACAUUUUGGCACUUUCUACUUGUAUCUUGAGCUAAUUCAAUCUCAGUCAUCCUUUUGCCUUUAGUCGUUUUCCUGAAGACGCAGUCGCUUAUUCCAAACUUGUGUUUGUUUUGGCUCUUCGUGCCACCAUCUGGUGCUGAUUCAGCAAUUUUUAAGGGCAGUAAUUCUCUUUGUAUGCACCAUGCAGUUUGAUAUUUGUCUGAUUCACCUUUUUUACGGACCACACUUCACUUUUCUGUGUGUUUUAGCUCUUGGAUCUUUUUCCUCUAUUCGUCUUUUCUAACGAUGCAGGUUUCAUUAUGUGUUUUGAUGGUAAAGACAUUUCCCUCUUUUAUGGGCCAACACUUGAACCUCUCGUUGCCCCCACAAAGGAAAACAUCCCUCAAGUGAAUGACACCGUUGUAUAUAUAUAUGAGAGCCAAAGAAUGUUUUUAAAGUGAAUUUUUCGUAAAGGAAAACCUCCUUCCGUUCUUUUUCUACGUCAUUUUAAGAUUCCACGAUGGUACAGCGUUAUGACCACGUUUUUGUCUUCUUUGCCUCUUGAGUGCAUUUCUGUCUUUCUGCUUGCAGGAAUGCUUUGGAGCUGUUUUCAGUCUGAGGCUUUUGGUGUCUCAGAGAGCUGCUGCGAAAGAAAAAAAACAGCCCUUUUUUUGCUCCGUGAGUUGGACUAAAGAUAGAGGGGGAAGGGAGGAGGAAAGGGAGUAGGAAGAAGUGUGUGAGUGAGUGUGUGAGUGUGUGUGCAGACUCCAGCUGUGGAAUGUUGAGUCGGCAAGAAGAGCUCAGUGGCACGUCUGGAACCAAUCAGAGAAGGAGGGCUCAGGGACAUGAAGGGUCAGAAAGGAGACUGGGGGGGGGGAAAGGAAAACUAGAUGAAGGAGAAAAGGAGGAGUGUGAGGAGGAGUCAGGGAUGUAGGAAGGGAGGAAAGGAGGAGGAGUGUGGUUUGUCCCGGGCUUACCCCGGCCUCUGCUGGUGGUUUUACUGUACAGGUUUGUCUUUAAAUGCAGUAUGAACUGAUUGAGGCCAUGAUGUGACGGUGCGACGACCCUCGGUGUGUGUUACCCAAUGAGGUCAUGUCUGGGAUGCAGGCCGCCUCUCGUCCCUGUGAAGAUUAGCUGAAGCAACCUUUUUUGUUUUUUGAAAGUGUCAUUUUUAUAUGAAAUUAAUAAAGUCUAUGUUCUCAAAUC